AUGGAGGAUGCAAAGAGAGCACGGAGAGCAUGCAAGAGAAACUUUGUGAGUCAGGCUGACUCAUUAAGUUCGGCAUUGGCACAAAAAAUGUUUACUGGCUAUAUUGAGGAACUAGAUGCAGAGUUUAAGGAGUGCUGGCGUAACCUUCGUACAGCUCACGAUGCGGUGAUCAACAAAGUAGAGGAAGAAGAGGAUGAGGAUGAGGAAGAUAAAUGGUUAGAUGAGUUUAGAGACAUGUAUAAGGAGAUGCGAAGGAUAUUUCAUGAGGUGGGAACCAAAGAGUCUAAGGCGAAAGUAGUGACUACAGAACCUCGUAUGCAGUUGAAGAAAAUGGAGCUCCCUAAAUUUAAUGGGGAUGUAAAGCUAUAUUCGAGAUUUAAAGAGGACUUCCAGAGGUUUGUGAAACCAACGACACAUAGUGACCAGUUAUCGUAUACAUUGAGAAGUUGUUUAGGUAGUGAGCCAAUGAAAGUUGUUAUGCCGGCGGAGGACAAGAUUGAAAAGAUGUGGAAGAGGUUAGGCGACAGAUAUGGUAAUAGAUCAAAGCUGGUGGAUGUAGGUGAUUUGGUGAAGCAUGGAGCGGUAAAGGAGGGUGAAGAUAGAAAGUUGGUGGAAUUCAUCGAUCUAGUGGAGGUUAGCUACCGAAAUUUGGAGAGAGCUGGCUUGGAGAAGGAAAUUGCCAAUUCUCGAGUGGUUGGAGAAAUAGAGAAGAAAUUACCGGACGAUGUGUUUAAAAGAUGGGUACGACACAUACAUGAUGAGAAAAAUAAAAUCGGAGAAACUGAGAAGAUGUCUAGUUUAUUGAGUUUCUUGGAAGAGGAAAGGAAGAGUGUAGAAUUCUCUAUAGAGAGUCUGCGUAGCUGCCAUAUCACAAGCCAGCGUACCAAACCAACUGCAUCAGUGCAUACGACUGAUGUUCGUGAACCACUACUAGCUAUCAGUUGGUGUCUGAUCCACGAUAGUGCCCAGCACACGACAGAAGACUGCAGAGCAUACCUGGCAAAAGCUGUGAGUGACAGAAUACAACUAGUUAAGGAAAAGAGAGCAUGUUUCCGAUGUUUGAAACCAGGUCAUGGUGUAUUUAAAUGUAAGAAAGGAUACUGUGGGAAUGAUGGUUGCCAGAGAAAAUACCAUCCAUCUAAUCACUUUCAACAGCCCGAGAAGCCAAGAGAGGUGAAACAGAAUGGUGCGGUUUUUAAGCCUGGAGGUUGUAUGCUGAUGGCGAUUGCUGUUAAAAUGGGACGAAGCUUAACACAAUAUUUGAUAGUGGAGCAACAGCAUCAAUAA